AAUAAGUAGUGAUUCUGCACCCGUGCCCGGCCGGUCUUUAUUUUGUCUUGUGAGAAGUUAUAUGGGAGAGGCUGAGUCUUCCAACCUUAACUUUUGAUUGUUUGUCCUGGACUCAUUUCAAAACAAGCUGUGACAUGGAGGUCAGCGUAGAGGCCAAGAGGAUCAUGGUCGUGGCUUUGGGGAAACUGUACGGCUCCCGCACCCAGCGAGGGGGUCUCCGUCUCCACCGGAGCCUCCUCCUGACUCUGGUAAUGAAAUCGGCCCGGGACAUGUACCAUGCGGCCCAGACGACGGCGGAAAGUGUUGCACCAGGAUGUGAACAGCAACAACAACAGUCCACGGGUGAGGUGGCCACGGAGCCUACUGGCGUACAGAUGGAGCUCCAGGGUCCCGCUUCGCUUGCCACCGGAAAGCCUCGGACUUUACCCCGAGAGGAGGUCGUAUGCUCCCCCGCAGAGCUUCGCCGCGACGUAGAAAACAAGGAGAAUCUGUGCCCGACUCAGCACUCCAGGAAAAGACGGGGGAAAGCGGCUGUGGAACCGGACUUUCUGCCUUGCAAGAAAGCUAAACUUGAGCAGCAGCUCAUUGUAAAUACAGUUUUGCUGGACUAUGUGAACUGCAGCAGUGAACUGGGAGCACACCCAACCCCCAUUCCUCUACAGAGAGCCAUUGCAGCGUGUUGAAACCCUGCGCAGAUUAAAGGCAAUAAACUUUCGACACUGCCUGGGAGCCUGAACUCUACUAAUAAGGGCCUCUUCCAGGGUAGUUUGGACCAACACCCGGGAUUAUGUGUCCUGAAAGAACCAAACAUGACUCGGAACGAGUCUGGGCAUGUUACAUGAAUCAAGGAAGUAGUCCAGUUGGUGUGUAAUAGUCCCAGUGACUUUUGGUCUAAUUAUUGGCUAACGCUAAGCAAUGGACUGGCUUCAGCUGACCAAAGGCGGAACUUAAGCAAUAGGUUCAUCUGGAUGUGGCCUUGAACUGCCUCUAUGAACAGUUACAGCUCAGCAAAUUUAACAUGUGAGCGUGGGGACCAGCGCUGUAAGAUAAAAUGUGUUGAUGAAUUCAAGUGUAAAACCGUGACAACAACUACCUCAGUAUUUAUUAAACCAUUUUUAUU